AUAGAAGCAGAUAGGAGUUUUGAUGUUUUGAUCGCGCGUUGCUGUGACAGUGACAGUCUGUUAGGGGGACCUAACCUUAUCUCACUUGUUGAGGUAUUGUUAAAACUGUUCACAUAACCUAGAAUUUUAUUGACACCCCUUUGGGCGGGAAUCUCGAAAUAUUUAUAUUUCUACUUGAUCGUCCAAGAAAAUGUCCCAAAGUAUUUUGAAGAGCAGCUUGGAGAAUGCUUCCUUCAAUAUUAUAUUUCAGAUAUUAUGCAGAGGAGUUACUUUCGUUUUAAAUGCUUUCGUUGUUCGACAUGUGGGUCAAGCAGUUUUAGGAGUGAUAAAUGUGAGGCUACUAUUACUAGAGUCAAUGAUCCUGUUUUUAUCUCGAGAACCAUUUAUGAAAGCAUGUUUAACUAACACAGCAGAACAUAAUUGGGCACAAGUUGUAAAUUUAUUGUGGAUGACGGUUCCUAUAUGUUUUAUAAUGUCCUUAACGUUUGGAUAUAUUUGGCUUUUUGUUUUAUCAGCGUCCGAAGCUUUACCAUCGUAUUACACGUUUGCAGUUUGGGCAGUUGCCUUGUCCUGUAUUAUUGAAUUAUCGUCUUUGAUUGUUCAACUGGUUGCCAGUGCAUUUUUAUUUGUUAGGUUGAAAAUUAUACUUGAUACUAUCAUGAUCGCAAUUCGUACUAUAACAUUUGUUCCACUGGUGCUUCAUAAUCCAGAAAACGCAUUAUUAGCAUUUGGUGUGGCUCAACUAGUUGCUGCAAUAUUUUACACUACAAGUCACUAUUUAUACUUUUAUCGUUAUAUUGAAAAACUAAACAAAUGUAAGUUAAAGAGAAGAAUGUCAUUAAAAGACAAUAGCGAGGAAUAUGUGGUGAGAGAAUUCCCAUUUAAAACAGUAAAGGAUUUUCUACCUGGACAAUUGGUGAAUAAAGAAUCAUAUCUAGAUAAAAAAUUAACUAUCCUUACAUGGAGUUUCUUUAGACAAGGAAUUUUGAAGCAAGUUUUAACUGAAGGAGAAAGAUUAAUUAUGACGGUAAUGCCAGUAUUGACAUUCACUGAACAGGGAACAUACGAAAUCGUAAAUAAUUUAGGUUCUUUAGCGGCAAGAUUUAUUUUCCGUCCAAUAGAGGAAAGUGGAUACUUCUAUUUCACCCAAAUGGUGAAACGGGAUAAACCGAUAAACGACCAAAAUCCUGUCAAAAUUCAAGAGAGCGUGAACGUUCUCGCACAUUUGUGUUCAGCUGUUACAUCGAUCGGUUUAGUUGUUUUAGUAUUCGGACAAUCAUAUUCUAGCACUCUAUUAUGGUUGUACGGUGGCGUUAAAUUAACUUCGCAUCUACCCGUACUUCUAAUGCGAGCGCAUUGCUUGGCAAUCCUACUUUUGGGUAUAAAUGGGGUAACCGAAUGUUACACGAAUGCAACAGCUGAUAGUGCAACGAUAAACAAGAGCAACUUGAUCAUGAUUUACGAGUCGAUAGCUUUCCUCUGUGCAUCAUACUUGUUCGCUAUCUGGUUUGGACCUGUUGGUUUCAUAUUUGGAAACUGUGUAAACAUGAGCUUGAGAAUCCUACAUUCAACUAUUUUUAUCAAUAAACGAUACAAAGAUACGAUGUACCGUCCAUUAAGAGGACUAGUGCCAAAGCCUAUGUUUUCUGCCUCUCUUCUAAUAACAGCGUUGGUCACCAACAUAUCUCAUGCCUACUUUUUCCCAGACGAAAAAGUAUUACAUUUAAUUAUUGGGAUGAUAAUGUUCUCGAUAGUAUUUGUAUCAUGGAUAUACGAGCAUCAUGACUUAAUUAGACUUGGUACAAAUAAGUGGUACGAGAGAAGAAAUAGACAUAGAAAAAGUGACUGACCUUAAAUAUAUUUUUAAUAAUGAUUUAUUAAUAUUUACAUAUAAAUUAUCUACAAAGGUGCCGCAAUGCAAAUCUUCUGUGAAUCUUAUAAAAUUUAAUAGUUACAGAUGUAUUUUCUACACUGUUACAAUCAAACUCAAGUACAAGUUGUUCUAUUUAAAAUGAAAAUGCAUUAAAUUA